AAUUGGACCCGUAUACACAUCGCCGUCUUCAGCCUCGGCUGUGUUGAGUCGAAGGGCUUUUAGUAAUAUUGUUAUUCUCUUUCGAAUUCACCCGUUGGUCGGGAAGCGUGGAGCUGGUCUUAUACACACCACUAUAUGUCCCAAAGAUACAGAGCAACAAGUGCAGCGCUACGAGACCGUUCAGUUCUCCUGGGUGUGACACCUCCAGCUUCGGGACGCUCCUCACCGUAUAGCAGCCCAAACCCAGGGCCUUCUGGCCACCGCUACGUGGAUGACUUGGAAGGUCAGAAUGACGAGGCGUUGGAAGGCCUGGCAGCCAAGGUGAAGCUGCUCAAGGAUAUCACCGUUGGCAUUGGAAACGAGGUCCGAGAAUCGACUGUACAACUCAGUCAGAUGAAUGACGCAUUUGCGGAGACCUCGGGCAUCCUAGCUGGCACAUUCCGUCGUAUGAACAACAUGGCACAGCGGCAGGGUUGUCGAUGGUUAUGGUACAUUCUAUUUCUCGUGCUUGUAUUCUGGUUCUUCAUCGUUGUAUGGUGGUUUCGGCGGUGACAAUCACCCACUACGGACAUUUAUCAAUAUAUCUGGAUCAACAGCUUGCUCGGUGUGCCUCUCUUGUCAUCCAAAUCACCCCAUUUCCGUAUCCGCAGUGAAUGCUAAUACAGAGUAUCAUAAAAUCAUAUAAAGAGAGUAAUGCGUAGAAGCCCAUUGUCAUGGGCCAUCCAGGAACUUGGCAUGGCCAAUUUCCCAAAUCAUCCGCCGCCGCAAGUAGGUCAUGUCCCGCUGCGAGAAACGGAAUCCUUCCUCCCCUCUGGACAAGGAUUCCAAGAACUGGCAUGUGAACACGCCACAGUCAUAACCAUUCUCCUGUUGUGGUGUGUCCUCAGGAUUGUGAUUCUGCCACCUAGUGAAGUCAAAAGGUUUCUUUCGCUUGUUUCUGUGUUCCGAGUCCAGAUAACUUCGCAAGGCCUUGAGGGACAGUAUAAGGGCCUUCCUGGGCACGCCAAGGCAAGUUAACGUACCUUGAAGACUUGAUGUCGGUCA